AUGGAAGAUAGGCAAUCCCUGAAAAGGAAUUGGCAAGAAUUGAGCUGCAAAGCAUCUGACAUAGAAGAGGAAGUGAACAGAGAAGAAAUGUCAGGUAAAAAGAAAAGGAAACGUGAAGUUGACAGUUGGUUGAAGGAAGUUAAAAAUUUAAGUCCUGAAAUCGAUGCAUUGGAAACAAGAGGAUCAUCUUGGAGGCUUCCACUAAAGGAGGAUCCUGUAGGAAAGCUGCAACUUCAGGUGAAAGAACUUGUUGAUCAGAGCCGUCAUUUCGAUGGGCUUGUGCUCGAUAAUUAUGACAACAUCGGGGAGCCAUGCCUGCCAACCAAAUUGUUUGGAGUAAAGUUCGAGGAAGCUAAGCAGAGAAUUUGGCCAUGCUUGGUGACCGAUGACAUAUCAAGCAUUGGGAUUUAUGGUAUGGGUGGAGUUGGCAAGACCACACUGGCAAAGCACAUUGAGUACCAUCUCUCAGAAAAACCCAGUUAUAAAGUGCUUUGGGUUACAGUAUCUCAAGACUUCAGUGUCACCAGUUUGCAGGAUAAGAUUGCCAAUGUCUUAGGUGUUACUCUAUCAAGUAGGGACGAGGAAGACGCCAGGGCAAGAAUAUUGCGUGAAGCAUUCGGGAAAAUGCUGAAAUUAAUAGUACUCAUAUUGGAUGAUGUUUGGGAAGAAUUUUGUUUAGACAGGGUAGGGAUUCCUCUUCAUCCAAACAAGUGCAGAUUGAUUUUGACUACACGCUCACUGGAAGUGUGCAACAGGAUACAAUGUCAAAGAAAGUUUGAUUUGCAAACUUUGAACAAAGACGAAGCUUGGGAUUUGUUCAAGUAUAAACUUGGCAGAGAGCCCUUGCUUCAAGGAGAUUUGAAAAGUAUUGCCAAGUCCAUUGUGGAAGAGUGUGAUGGUUUGCCUCUUGGCAUUAUCACAGUGGCUGGAAGCAUGAGAGGUGUGAGAGACAUUUGUGAGUGGAGAAAUGCAUUGGAACAAUUGAAAACAUGUUCAAUUGGGUAUCAUGAGAUGGAACGAGAUGUGUUUCGUAUCCUGGAAUGGAGUUUCAAUCGCCUGGAUAAAUAUGAAAGGAAUUGCUUCUUGUAUUGCUGUCUUUAUCCAGAAGAUAGUGAUAUAAAAAGAGAGGAACUAAUACGCCACUUUAUUGGGGCAGAGCUGAUGUCAAAACGGGACUCAUGGUUAAAAGCAUUUGAUCAAGGUCAAAAGAUAUUAAACAAAAUGAUAAGAGUUUGCUUGCUGGAAGAAACUGAAGAUUUCGAUGGGGAUGACUGUGUGAAGAUGCAUGAUUUGGUCAGAGAUAUGGCAUUAAGGAUCACGCAUGGAAACUCCAAACCAGAGAGGAGCAGAGAUGAUGUACCACGAUUCUUGGUGAAAAGCUUAGGACGGAGUGGUUCAAAAGUAACACAGGAAGAAUGGACAGAAGAUCUCCAUGCAGUCUCCUUUCAUUCAGUUUAUGGCGGUGCAAAAAUAGAAGUCCCACCAGACUGGUCACCAAAUUGUCCUAAACUCUCAACCUUGCUUCUUUCUGAUGUUUCCAUAGAAGAAAUCCCAGAUUCAUUCUUUCGGCACAUGUGUGGACUUAAAGUUUUGAGUCUAGAAGGUAUAACAGAGUUGCCAAAUUUUGUUUCAGACUUGGUGAAUCUCACUGCCUUGAUUUUGGGGGGUUGUAGAGGCCUCCGAUUUGUGCCACCACUGGGAAAGCUCAAGCAAUUGAAGGAUUUGGACCUAUCCAAGACUGAGAUUGAGGAUUUUCCUCAAGGUUGGGAGUCACUGGUCAAUCUCGAAAGGCUUAACUUGAACCAGUGUCUGACUUUAAGAAGAAAGAUAAUACCAAAAGGAACAUUUUUCCAAUUGCAUCGUCUUCAAUUGCUAGUAUUGCCACUCUCUGGUACUGUACAAGUUAAUGAUCCAGGAGUGUUGAACCAAUUAGAAAUUUUUGAAGGAUGUUUGUCUUUUACGGACUUCUAUAAAAUUAUUCGGUGGCCAAAAUACUAUAAUGUUUAUAUCAAUGACAUCUUAACUGAGGAUCAGUUUUAUGAUAUUGAUGAUGAGGACAGUGAUUGUGGGGACCACCGGAAGAAAGAACUGUAUUUCCAUCAGUGUAAGCUUGAUAGAGGAUCUAACUAUUUGCCAGAUGAUAUGACACGUCUGGUAAUCGAGGAUUGUAAGGGCAUGGGCAUUAGAUGCUUGUCAGAUGUUUUUAGAAAUUUUAUAAAUUUAAGCGACUUGUCUGAAGUGGAUAUUAAGGAUUCGGUUGGAAUAGAGUUCCUCUGGCAAUUGUCCUCUGCUUCUCCACGUUAUCAGCCGGAAGACUCUUCUUUUAGUCCACUCCGUGGUCUCGAAGUACUAAGCCUCUACAGGUUGCCAAAUCUGGUUGGUCUUUUUUACGGAGAAUCAGAACCACAUUUGCUUCCAGCUGGCACCUUUUCUUCCCUUAAAGAAUUGGAGAUUUCUGAAUGUCACAACAUGAAGCAGCUAUUCACGGUGCAGUUGCUGCAGAACCUUCAAAAUCUUGAAACAUUAGAAGUUAAAGAUUGUAAAGGACUGGAGGAGAUAGCAGCAGAUGGCAAUGGAGUAGGACAAGGAGGAGGAGAUGGCAUCCAAUUGACUUCAAGUGAAGGAGCCACCGCCAAUGUCAUCCUUCCGAAAUUAAGGCGGUUGAGUCUGACUCGGCUGCCACAACUGAAGAACAUUUGCAAGGCAGCCAUGAUCUACGAAUUAAUUGAGGAGAUUGCAAUAUUUAAUUGUCCAAAUUUAAAGAGGCUGCCUUCGUUUCUUUCCACCAUCGACGGACCACCAUAUUUGCUUCCAACUGGCACCUUUUCUUCCCUCAAAGAAUUGAGCAUUUCUGGAUAUUAUAACAUGAAGCAGCUAUUCACGGUGCAGUUGCUGCAGAACCUUCAAAAUCUUGAAACAUUAACAGUUAAAGAUUGUGAAGGACUGGAGGAGAUAGCAGUAGGUGGCAAUGGAGUAGGACAAGGAGGAGGAGAAGGCAACCAAUUGACUACAAGUGAAACCACCGCCACUGUCAUCCUUCCAAAAUUAAGGCGGUUGCGUCUGACUAGGCUGCCACAACUGAAGAACAUUUGCAAGGCAGCCAUGAUCUGUAAAGAGGCUGCCUUUGUUAUGUAA